GUUAUGAACAGUGAUGGGACUCCUCAGAAGCUUAUAACAGACAAGGAAAAUACAAAAAUUAACAUGGAUUCUACUCAAUCUUUAGAUGAAGAGGCAGUUGGAUUUAUCAAUAUACCUGGAAGAGGGAAACUGCAAACACAAAUUUUUGAAACAAGGACUCGUGUUCACUGCUACUUUGAUCCAGAUGAAGCUACAUGGUUAAGAUUGCCCAUUGCGUGGGAACUUAACUCUCCCGUUGUUAUGUACCUCAUCAAUUUAGUUAAGGAUGUCUGUCCCACUUGGAGAGAUGACGCUGAUAUCCUUGCAGCCUUACGCGUGAGCAAUUACAAUGUUGAUGAUUGCGUAAACAUUUAUCACAGUACUAUUGGCAAAAGUGUUUCAUCAGCUGGAGAAGAAAGUAAUACCAAUCUGACAAACUCUGCUUGUAAAGUUGGGAAUUCGGAUUUCGUACAGAGUGGAACACAGAAAAUUUAUGACCAUAAUUAUUAUGAGUUAGUAAAGGAAGUCGAAAUUCUCAAGAAGCAAAUUCAUAAGAUUUCCACUGAAUUGCAGCAUGAGAAGAAAGCUCAUGAAAGGUUGAAGUUGUUCAUUCAGUCUCAGAAAAGUGACAAACAAUCAAAUAGCUUUAAAUUUCAAGGACUUUCAGGAGAAAUUCACAGCUCAUUUAUUAGAACUAAAGAAAUUUGUCAAGAUGUCAAAGAUAUUCUGCAUGGAUCAAAACAUAUUUUGGAAGACUUUACUAAUACGCUAUGCCCUCUACUUAGAAAAACCAAACGGUUGUACACAGAACAAAAUGAAAGACUCAAAGAAACUAAAGCUGUCUAUCGAUUAGAGUCACAACAGCGUCGCCUAAUAUAUAACAGAUUGAUUGAAAUACGCGGUAAUAUUCGAGUAUUUUGUCGUAUACGUCCUUCAAAUUGUAUAAACAGCUCACACAGUUGGUUAAAGUGUAAUGACAAUGGCGAAUUAUUUGCUUGCUUACCUAAUGCUUCAAGACGUAAAUACAAAUUCGAUAAUGUUUUCCACGCAAAUGCUAGUCAGACAGACGUUUUUAAAGAAAUACGAGAUAUUAUUGCUUCAUCAAUAGAUGGAUAUAAUGUGUGUAUAAUGGCGUAUGGCCAGACAGGAAGUGGUAAAACUUACACAAUGGAAGGCCAUCCCAAUGAUCCUGGAAUAUAUAUUCUAUCUAUACGUGAGCUACUGCGACUAGCGAAGGAACGUCGGAAGACAGAUUUCCAACUCUCUAUAAGCAUAUUGGAGAUUUACAAUGAGAAUAUUGUUGACCUGCUUAACACAAAUGGUAUGUGCGAUACAGUUGAAAUUCGUCAUAAUGGAUCACUGGUCAAUAUACUUGGAGCAACAUGGAUGCGUGUAUCAAAUGAAAAUGAUAUGCAUACAGCUAUUUCAUUAGGACAAAAAGGUCGACAUGUGGCGUCAACUAAACUCAACACAAACAGUUCAAGAUCUCAUCUUAUUGUUUCUGUUUCUGUAAUCGGAACAAACAGAAUUUCUGGAACUAUUAGCCGUGGUCACUUAACACUAUGUGAUUUGGCUGGAUCUGAAAGGGUUGAGAAAUCAGAAGCAACCUCUGCUGAACGCUUUAAUGAGGCAACGCAUAUAAAUCUAUCACUAUCUGCAUUAGCACAGGUAUUCAUGGCUUUACGCAAUAACCAACUGCACGUUCCCUAUCGAAAUGCUAAACUAACUCAGAUGUUGCAACCUUGCUUAGGUGGAGAUGCCAAGUAAAGAAAAACCACAUCUCAAAAAGACAGCUUCUGUACCGAAGAAAGCUAUCUUUAUCAACCUACCAUUCAAGGGUGACCAGAUUAUGCAGUUGACUACUAGCUCAAAGACUUCGGUCAGUCAUCAAACGCACAUUCUACGCCGCAUCUCUUUUUCUCACUUGCCGAACAUUUUAGAUCC